CUUUAUCUAUAUCUAUCUAUGUCUAUAUAAAUCAUAUGAGACGUCUCAUAUUUGCAUCGUAUUAUAUCAUCUUUGUAACAUUCUUUCAUCACAUUAACCAAUACACACUAACAAUAACGGGAGUAACAUUGGAAGGACAAAGAAACGAAUCAAUUUGGGUUUUGAUGAGAAAACAAAGAGCUCGAAGGGCACUUGUGAAGAAGAUCAUGAUCCGACCGAAGAAGAGUCUAGAAGCUCAAAGAAGACCAUGCCGCGCAAUUCAUAGACGCGUCAAGACGCUGAAAGAGCUAGUUCCCAACACCAAUUCAUCAGAAGGUUUGGAUGGGCUCUUUAGACAAACGGCGGAUUAUAUUUUCGCUUUGGAAAUGAAAGUGAGAGUUAUGCAGACAAUGGUUCAGGUUUUGACCGAAACUGAUUGUGUUUAAAUGACCUCAACAUAUAUUUUUGUAAAUAUUUCUGGGAUUUAAAAUCAUUAUAAUUACAAUAAGUGUUUCUAGUUUUUGUUUUGUUCGAGUUUACUUUUAUCAUCUCGAGUGUCUUGCAUUGUGGUAUAUAGAAAAGAAUUUGGUUUA